UCUCGUCUCUGAGCAGUUGGCGCUAAAAUGGAAAGCCAAGGCACCAGCAGCAGCCACAACAUCGACAGCCAGAACCGGUGGAGAGCAGAGCAAGCAAUUGCCGGAAAUGCAGAAGCUCUCCAAGCUCUCAGAGAGCUCAUCACUUUCCCUCUCUAUUACUCUCGCGAAGCUCAGAAACUCGGUCUUAAAUGGCCCCGAGGUUUGCUCCUGUACGGUCCACCGGGUACCGGAAAGACAAGCUUGGUGCGGGCAGUUGUUCGGGAAUGCGGUGCACAUCUAACCAUUAUCAGUCCGCAUUCUGUUCAUAGAGCACAUGCUGGAGAAAGUGAGAAGGUUCUGCGGGAGGCAUUUUCAGAGGCAUCGUCUCAGGCAGUGAUGGGCAAGCCAUCAGUUAUAUUUAUCGAUGAAAUAGAUGCACUUUGUCCUCGUCGUGAUUCCAGAAGGGAGCAAGAUGUUCGGGUGGCCUCUCAACUCUUAACACUAAUGGACUCCAAUAAACCUUCCUCAACUUCUGUACCACAGGUUGUUGUAGUUGCAUCCACUAACAGGGUGGAUGUAAUUGACCCUGCACUAAGAAGAUCAGGGCGUUUUGAUGCUGAAAUUGAAGUUACUACACCUACUGAGGAGGAGCGCUUUCAAAUUCUCAAGGUAAUCAUGAAUCUGCUAAAUUUAUAAGCCAUCCCUGGUUUGUUGUUUGGCAGCGUCCCUGAACAUCAGCUUCUAAAAGUGCUGGACUUUGGCCUCUGUAAUUCUAAUCUUGGCAAUCUCAAUCGUAAAAUUUCAGAUUUCUGUCAAUUUUAUCAUUCUGUUCUAUUUUCCUUGAUAUGCUGCUGUUAAAUGUCAUAAUGCUGCACACGACCA